AUGAACGGUAAGGGCUGGUAUAAUUGCUCCAAACUGAUGCCUACGAUCAAGUAUUCUAAAACUUUAUGGGAGUCAAUUAGUUUUGAUAUUCAUCAUAAUCCAUCUCCAGAAAACAAUACUCUUUGCUCGUCUCCCAAUGGUCGUUUAAUUGCAAUGCCCAACAAAAAGUUACCAUACGAAAUACUGAAGAUCAUAGUAAAAUAUUUAGAUCCAAACGAUCAGUUAAACGCACUCACAGUAUGCAAAGCUUGGCAGCUGCCCGUAGCUGAAGCACUACAUGAACAAGUAGAAAUCAAUUCGAAGAGUAAACUACAACAGUUUUUAAGCAAAGUUGAGCAUAUCGGUCAACAUAUCCAAUUUUUAAGCUUUGGUGCUGAUAGCAAUUCAGAGGUUGAGGAAAUUAUUGAUGCUGCUAGCAUUGAACGAAUAGCGUACUCAUGUGCCAACUUGCGGGAACUAGGAGUUCAUAGUGAACAAUUUUGGAACUAUGCGGCACAGUUGGAUUUUAGCAAAGUCUGGCUACGUUUAAAUGGACUUCGCUUUCUCAAAUGGUCAAAAGGUGCUGCACAAGUACUCGAUGCCAUAAAAGAUAGAGUGACAAUGUUGUUCUUUGUCCUCCAAGGAAGCGGCGACUUACCCUACAUGCCGCAGCUUCGCAGGUUAUAUAUCAUUGACGCUUCUUUCAUGAUUAAUGACGCUGUUCCUGAAGGUGGAAAGUUCCUGGCUGAACUUGCCGAAAAAGCCCCCAAUCUACAGAUUCUAAAUGCACCCGAUAUCUCUAUGCUCGAUUAUAAACCAUUUGUAUUACCACAGGAUGGCAUGUUUCAGUCGUUAAAAACAUUAGAUGUGGACAUCGAAGACUCCAAAUCGGCAUGGCUACCUGUUAUAAUAAACCAUUGUCCUAAUUUGACCAAAUUAUCGGUUGGUAUUCACAAUUAUCGUCAAUCUGAAGCCGCUGCCGCAAGUUCUAGGGCCUUGAUCGAUGUGCUUCCUAAAACAAUUAGAUUAAAAAGGCAGACUGAAUUUCGUUUAAGCGGCUAUGAUACGCACCAACUAUCCGACUACGCUAUAAAACAGCUCGCUUUCUGUAUCAACAAUGACAGCAAAUGGAAUGCAUUAACAAUAAUAUCAAAGGACAGGCCUGAAAUCGUACGCUUUACUCAUACACCAAUGCAAACUAGCACCUAUAUACGAUAUGCUAAAAGGAGUGAUGUAACCCUGCAGAACAGAUUCGAAGAAUCUUUAAGAGAUAAGGAUGUCCAAAUAGCAAAACUUAGCUCUUUCAGCGAAAUGAAGGUAUUUAGCCGUCAAAAUGUGGUCAUUGAUAAGCUGCUGGAGCCAUUUCCGCACAUUAGUAAACUUUCAAUAGCAGCAGAAAACAUUCACAAGAAAGAAAAGAUCUGGGUAUCUGCAUCAGAUGACUUCACAGAAGAUACAGGUCUUCAAGUAAUUAGCAUCGAGCAUUUACGAUUAGAAGGUAUCCAGAUAUUGGAUAGAAUUGUUAUUGUAUACUUGCUCGUUUGCUCUACCAAAUUGAAAACUAUAGAAUUGGAAGAUUGUUUUGUUCCGCAUGAGGUAUUUCAAAACAUGAAAAUCGUAUGCGAUAGACACAAUAUCAGAACUACAAUAGAGAUAUUAUAUUACAGUAAUUGUUCCAAGCCAACUACACAGUUAAAAAUUCUUAAGAUCAAUACAUUCUUUUUGGACUUAGACUGA